UGUCACCGUCAAAUACUCAAUACUGUCAUGAGUGUCAUGUUACAUGUCUAAAAAUUGUUUACACUUUAUGCUUUGCAUUUAUUGAUUUUGAUUUUAUAAUUCAAAACAUGAGUGAUUCAGAUUCCAAGAGUGAAAAAAAACCUAUCGUCAUCAAAAAUGCUACAGAUUUGCAACGACUCAAACUUGAAAAACUUAUGAAAAAUCCCGAUAAACCUGUAGUGAUACCAGAGCCUCCAAAAUCGAAAUCAUUAGCAGCACCACCAGAUUUCGUCCGCAAUGUAAUGGGAUCAAGUGCUGGCGCUGGUUCAGGAGAAUUUCACGUUUACCGUCAUUUGAGACGAAAAGAAUACGCUAGGCAAAAAUUUAUUCAAGAAAAAAGUGAAAAGGAAAAGUUAGAUGAAGAAUAUCACAACAAAAUUGAACAAAAUCGAAAAGCUGCUGAUGAAAAGACUGCCAAAAAGCGAGCAAAGAGACUUAAAAAGAAGAAAAUGGCUAAAUUGAAAGAAAAAAAGGCGAAAACGGAAAAUAAACAGAAUGCUUCAUCACAGUCGGACAGUAGCAGUGACUAUGAAGAAACUGACAUACAAAAUGAGAAUGAGCACAAACAGAAUAAUGAAAUAAAAGAACCAACUACAGCUGAACAAGAUAGUUGAUAACAGACAAAUAUUUAUAGGCUAAGAUAAAUAAAAGUCUUUAUAUUUUAAUAA